AUGCUGGCUCCAUCUUUUCCAUUGGUCAACCACUUUCUAAAGUCAAUAGAAAAAUUACCGCAACAGGUUCAUGCCUAUUCUGCCAAUGCACAGCCUAACGUUGAGUUGACAUCGACUACUACACCUAUUCGAUAUCAGACGCAGACAGAAACUCCUUUUCGUGCAUUCACAUUCACAACUGCCACAACUAAAGCAAGAGCUAAAAUGAGCAAGCUGUCCUUUAGACCUAUCAAAAAUGAGACCUCUGGAGCUGCAGCACAUGUCUCCGUACCAAGUCAUCGCCUUCUCAAUGAUAUUCUUGUCAUUCCAUCCACUCGUCGUCUCUAUAUUCUCGCCAUCAUUCCCAUACAUGAAUCGGCGGAUAGUCAGGUGAAUUUCCCACAGUUCACGUUCAAAGUGAUAGUGUAACC